AUGAUGAUUUUGAGAAGGACGACGACGUUUACGCAGGAAAGAGUCGUUCUUCGAGCCGCCGCUGCCGCUGCUGCUGUUGCUGCUGCAGCUACUGCCGCAGCUGCGCACGAUGCGUUUCUCUUUAAUUCGGGGACGACACGAACGAUGGAAACGAUUUCGAUAUCAUCACCAACGCAAUUCGCAACGCAUCAUCGUCGUCGUCAUCAGCAUCCUCGUAGUAAUAAUACGAAUACGAAUAACGACAACAACAAAAACAACAACGGUUUUCUUCUUCCAGGUCGUCUUCCAUUAUAUUUUCUCCUCUCGCACGCCUCGUGUCUCGAAAAAGAAGGAGGAAGAGGAAGAAGGGACGCGCAGAAGAAAAUGCCUUCUUCUUUAACGAAAGAGGAGAGAGAAAAUAUGGAAGACGUGGAAGUGCACAUUGAAGGCGAAGAAGAAGAACAAACGACGACGAAAACGAACGGGAAAAGUAAAAAAGGAAGACACACGGCGCAAUGGCGAGUGUAUACCGACUUGGGACGCGAAAAAUUCUUAGCCGGAGAUAUCGAGUUCGCUCUGAAAUGUUUCGAACGCGCGUUGAAAGAAGCAAAGCUUGGAUUUGGAGAGAAGGACGCGCACGUCGCGGCGGCGCUGAAUAACUUGGCGGAACUCGCGAGGACGCAACGAAUGUGGGAGAAAGCGGAAGGAUUAUACAAAGAGUGCUUGGAUUUACUGAGAGAAUUGAAAGAGACGACGCCAAAUAGUAGUAGUAGUAGCAGUAGUAGUGAUAGUAGUAGUAAAGUAGAUAAGAGAAAAGGAGCAGAAUAUAAAGCGGAAGCGACAAUAGCAGCAGCGUUGCAUAAUUUGGCUUCAUGCAUGUUGCAAAACAACAAGCCGAAAGAGGCGUACGAAAACUAUCGAACGAGUUUGAACUUGAAGCAAGUCGUGUUUGAAAACGAGAACCAUCCGGAGAUUGCGCUGACAUUACAUCACAUGGCCGAAGCGUUGCUCUUGUUGGAACGCAUAGAAGACGCCAUCGUUGUCUUGGAGAGAUCGGUAAAAAUAACCGACGCGGUUGGUAUCGGUCACACGCCAACGGCAUUUCGCCGAAUGCGAAGGUUGUGUCAACUUUAUGAAAUAAAAAAGAGAUUUGACGACGUGGACGCGAUGAAGAAACGCAUAGAGACGCAAUUCAGCAAGCAAGUGUAA